UCGGGAGUUGCGUACGCACCUUGUGUGGUCCGUGAGUGGUCACACCGAUCAGGGCUCAGGGGGUUUGCGUCUGCGGAGAGGCCGUCGUCUGCGAGCGGCAACGCGCUCUCUCACCACGCCCUACGAGUUCGCAGCGUCUUGAGCAUUUCUCGCAAAAAUAAGCCAGCUACCACUGAAACACCAACACCAUAUACAUGUAUACGGGCCUGGAAUAAUUUCAUUGGUUGACAUGAUCGGGGUACGCGUCAUGGCGUCACUUAAAGCUGCAUACCCAUUGGAUUAUUCAGCACGUGACUCGAGACUUGAGCCAUCUUUGAACGCCGUUGACUAAUCAGUCAUCUAGCCUAACCUUAGUUCCAAAUACAGACUAAACCUCAAUGUGGGGACGUUUUGUCUUGCAGCUUUUUAAAUAUUAUCCAUAACUCUUUCACUACCAAAAAUUGGAAAGAUGCUACACUUAGGAAGAGGUGGAGUGAGGUUUAUCAGUUCAGCAUCGGCAGCAGUUGGUGAUACUCAAGCAAAGAAGCUUUUAGACUCAAUUAUUCGCGUAAAUCAUGCAGGAGAAUUGGGAGCGGAUAGAAUAUAUGCCGGUCAAAUGGCAGUUUUAGGUAAAUCAUCAGUCGGGCCGACAAUCGAACACAUGUGGGCUCAAGAAAAGAAACAUAAAGAAAAAUUUGAGGAGUUGAUUCGAAAGCAUCGUGCAAGGCCGACCGCUAUGCUUCCAGUCUGGAACGUCGCAGGAUUUCUUUUAGGUGCUGGCUCCGCACUCUUGGGAGAAAAAGCUGCGAUGGCAUGUACAGUAGCAGUAGAAACUGUAAUUGUCGAGCAUUACAAUGAACAGUUGAGAGCUUUAAUGGAGAAUAAGGAAAGCUUUGAUGAAGAAUUAAUGGAAACUAUCAAACAAUUUCGUGAUGAAGAGCAGGAACAUCAUGAUGUAGGAAUUGAUCAUGGAGCAGAACAAGCACCUCUUUAUCAAGCAUUGACCAACAUUAUCAAAACAGGAUGUAAAACCGCUAUUGCAAUAUCUAAGGUCGUGUGACUUAAUUCAAUAAUGAUGCUUUAAGAGACUGUAUAUAGAAGGGAUUAAUUUGUAUUUUUUAAGUGCUUUAAUUAAAUUAAUCUUUAUAAUAAAAAUAUAUCUUUAAGUAUA